UUUAAUCCAAACAAUAAAAACAAUUGAUCAAUAUUGUCAUAGCAACGCCAAAUUUACUAAACACGUGCAGUGAACUUGACAUUUAAUCUUUUACUUACUGAUAAAUACUAUUAUUUUCAAAAAAAUGGCUACGGUUGCACAAGAACGUAUAAUUCCAUCGACAAAUACUUUGGUGAAAUACGACAACCCCGUGUUGGUCAAAAAGCACCCGGAAAAAACUCCUAAAGAAAAAUCAGGGAAGAAAUCGGCGUGUAAAGGUCAAUCUUCGCCGGUGACUGCUGAUAUAAGACGCGAAACCACUGAAAUACUGAAUGGAAUUUUGCCUCCGAAAGAAUGGGAGGAAGAUGGGCAAAUUUGGACCCAGUUUGUUUCAAGUACUCCAGCAACUAGACUGGAUGUUAUCAAUUUACAAGAACAAUUGGAUAUGAGACUGCAGCAGAGACAAGCCCGAGAAACUGGAAUUUGUCCAGUUCGCCGUGAACUUUAUUCUCAAUGUUUCGAUGAAAUAAUUAGGCAAGUGACAGUAAAUUGCGCAGAGCGUGGAUUAUUAUUACUACGAGUUCGCGAUGAAAUAAAAAUGACAAUGGCUGCUUAUCAAACACUUUAUCAAAGUAGUAUUGCCUUUGGAAUACGCAAAGCAUUGCAGGCCGAAGAAGGUAAGGAAGAUUUAAUAGCUACAGCGGAAGAAUUACGACUUCAAAAAACUGAGUUGGAAAAAACAGUAGCCGAAUUGCGGCAAAAAUUUGAUCAAGCCGAAAGACGUUCCGCAGAGUUGCACGAAGCUGAAGAAAAAAAGCACAAUGAAGAAAUACAAUUUUUGAAGAAAACUAAUCAACAACUAAAGACUCAACUGGAGGGAAUAAUUGCUCCGAAAAAAUAAUAAUUUAGUAAAGAAAAGCAAGACUGAUUAUUUUUUACAAUAAAUAUUAUAAUAUAAAUUGUUUAGUAUCUUUUUAAUUUCAGUGAUUAUUUAUAUGAAUGAUAUUUUUGUUUACAAAUAUACGGAUUCAGCAUUACAAAACGUAUAAAUAUUGCUUAAU